AUGCAGUCCUGGAUCAACUUCGCUGGCGUGCUCGGUGUUGCCUUGGCCUUCGGGUCGCACGAGGCGUAUGCAAGCAGCGUCCUUGGAGGACGUAAGAACUCGCUCAGGGGAGAGAUCGACGCUACGGCGUUUAGGGCAGAAAUCCAUAAUGCCAUGGCAGAGACUCUCGGCUGCGGUCGCCUGGUCGACGAAGCGCAGCUGUCGGAGAUCGAGCGUGUGCUCUCGCCGAUGUGGGAGGCCUCGCCGAAGAACACGAACGGGCGGAUUGAGCGCGGCCAGCUGCGCUACCUUGCCUACCGCUACUUCAUGCGCCGCUUCUCUGUGAUGAUCCGCGGCUUCGAGCCGUCUCGCCCACUGAAUGCAUCGGAGUGGGGCGCCGCAGACAUCCUCAGCCAGCAGGUGCCGGCAUUUGUGGAAUCCACUAUGGAGUCCCAUCGUGUGGCAAUGCACGGUUUUGAUUUGCGAGACGCGGUGCACUUGGUUGCAACGCUCGAACAGUUGAUUUGGGACUCGGAGACCACCCUGCUUGAGCAGGUGUACCACAGGCAGAUGAGGCCAGUGCACGACCAGAUCACUCGCAACGGCCUCUCAAAGAUACUCCAGGAGUACGCGAUGAAAUGGAUCCUCGGUGAGCAGAUCACACCAGCGGUCACGCCUGGGCUCCUGAACAACCCGAAGGUCCUGGAGGGUGCCUUCCCGAUGUGGCCUACGAUCGUCGCUUUCCUCGAGGGUCAGAUCAGGGCCCUGGACUUCAAGCGGCAGCGUUUGCCCACACGCAAGGGCGCCAGCGGUCUGGCGCAGCAGUACUCCUUCCACGACGCCCACGAGAUUGUUGGAGGCAUCACCCAGAACUUCGCCUCGUUCUGGGAGUCGGAGUGCACUGAGAUGAAGGACCAGCUCAUCGCGAUGGACACCCACGGCACGGGCCGCGUGCCGCUGUCGAAGUUCUACGGCACUGGGCUCGAUGCAGACUGGCGGUUUGCCGAGUCGGAGUCCUACCUGCGCGAGCUGGGGGCCCUGGAUGAGACGUCCACAUGGCAGGGCAAGCAGGUCAUCAUUCCGAACUACAUCCAGGCCGCCUCGAACUGCAUCGUCUCCACGCCGCACUACCUGGUGUGCUGCGCGAGCACCUGCGAGGCCCUCCUCGGGGAGCUCGAGGCCGGCGUCGGCAGGCCCGUGGGGACGAGCGAGGAGAUCCUGCAGCUGGUCCGCGGCAUGGCGUCGCCAGCCGCGCUCGACGGCGACGAGCCCCCGCGCCUCAUGGGCACCCUUGCCGCGCAGCUCGAUCAGAUCGCCUCCGCCCACGGCGGCAAGGUCCCCCUGCACGGCCGCCUGUUCGCCCAGUGGCUCCACUACGCCUUCCCGCGGGACUGCCCCUUCCCGCACCGGGCCGGCACCGCGUCGGCGCGCACGCCCGCGCAGUUCGGCCAGGGCUACCUCGCCACGAGGGAGGAGAUGACGAGCCAGGCCCAGGCCGAGAACGCCUCCGAGGCGUCGCAGAUGUCGAGCCUCCUGGACAGGGAGGAGCUGCCUUGGAUGUCCCAGUGGAGCGACGAGGAGGAGCUAAUCGCAGACUACCGCCUCCACUUGCGCGCGCCUUGGGAGGGAGGCAGGGCUGCCGGGCUGGUGGGGGCCGCGAUGCUCGUCGCGGCGGGCUUGUACGGAGCCAUGAGCGUCGCGACGACAUCCAAAGCAGGCAGUGUGCUCCCCUACCACCAGAAGGCCCAUUUCGUCUGA